UCAUGCAUGUUCAGUUAAUAUUUCAUUCCUUUCUUAAUGAAGAUACUUGCUUUGAUCUUCUUUCAGUAUUGCCUGUUUUCAGGCUCAUACUAUGCUUCUGCUGCCGAUACCUUAGCUCCAGCUCAAUCACUCAGAAAUGGCAGCACCUUAGUUUCUCCUGGUCAAAUAUUCGAGCUAGGCUUCUUUUCACCUGUUAACUCCAACAAAUAUUACUUGGGAAUAUGGUAUAAAAGGCUUCCUGAUACUGUUGUAUGGGUUGGUAAUAGAGAAAAUCCAGUUAUAGAUUCACACGCGUUUCUUAAUAUUUCCAGCACUGGUUAUCUUUUCAUCUUUGAUGGACAAAACACUAUGAUCUGGUCCGCUAAUUCGUCUAGAUCAGCAAACAAUCCGGUUGCUCAAUUGUUGGAUUCGGGUAAUUUGGUUGUUAAAGAUGAGGAUACCGAUGAAGAGACAGAAAGUUAUUUGUGGGAAAGUUUUGAUUUUCCAACGGAUACACAAUUGCCAGGGAUGAAGAUAGGAAGGAACUUUAAAACCGGCGUAAAUCUAUAUUUGAGGGCACGGAAGGGUGUUAAUGAUCCCUCACCUGGAGAUUUUACUUAUGGAAUUGAGCAUAAUGGCUUGCCUCAGUUUUUUCUUCGUGCGGGGAUGAAGAAGAGGUUUCGAGGUGGUCCAUGGAAUGGAAUUAGAUUUGGUGGUCUUCCACCACAGGAAGGCCCUCUUACUGUAUGUGUUUUUGUUUUUAAUACAGAGGAGGUUUACCGUUCGUAUGAAGUGGUGGACAAAUCUGUUAUCAUGAGAUUUACGGUGAACGAAUCUGGUUUGCUUGAACGCCGCGUGUUGUAUGAGAACACCAGUGAAUGGACCACCAUGUUUACACUGCAGAAUGAUAAGUGUGAUGAUUAUGCACAGUGCGGCCCUAAUGGAGUUUGUAAGAUUAAGCAGAGGCCAAUCUGUGAAUGCUUGGAAGGGUUCAUUCCGAGAUCGGAACGCGAGUGGCGAGAACUCAAUUGGACUGGUGGAUGUGUGAGGAGCACCCCAUUAGACUGCCGGAAGAGAGAGGGAUUCCUGCAAGUUGAGAAUGUGAAAUUGCCAGACCUGUUGGACUUCAAGUUAGACAACAGGUUGAACCUCGAGGAUUGCCGGGCAGAGUGCUUGAAGAAUUGUUCGUGUACAGCAUAUGCUAGAUCGAAUUACAACGGAAGUGGAUGUUUAAUGUGGUUCGGAGAACUGACAGAUAUCCGAGAGUUCAUUGUAGAACAAUUUGAUCAAAAUAUCUAUGUCCGGUUGCCUGCUUCAGAAGUAGAACUGCACUCGAACAAAGAAGAUCUGGAGUUGCCGUUAUUCGAUUUUGUUACAAUUGCAUCAGCAACCAAUAACUUUUCCGACUCGAAUAAAAUAGGAACAGGCGGUUUCGGACUUGUUUACAAGGGUGAGCUAUUUGAGGGACAAGAAAUAGCAGUAAAGAGGCUCUCUAGCAAUUCCCGGCAAGGUGUUGAACAUUUCAAGAACGAAGUUGCAAUGAUAUCUAAGCUUCAACACAGAAAUCUUGUUAGGCUUUUGGGCUACUGCAUUAAGAGAGAUGAAAGGAUGCUUAUCUACGAGUUUAUGCCUAACAGAAGCUUGAAUUACUUCAUAUUCGAUGAAACCAGAAGAAAUGUGUUGACAUGGCCGAAACGUUUCGAAAUCAUAAUGGGAAUUUCAAGAGGGCUUCUUUACCUCCACCAAGAUUCGAGAUUGAGAAUCAUUCACAGGGAUUUGAAAACCAGUAAUGUGUUGCUGGACAAUGAGUUGAACCCCAAAAUUUCAGACUUUGGGAUAGCCAAAAUGUUUGGAGGUGAUCAAGUUGAAGCCAAAACUAAGAGAGUAUUUGGGACAUAUGGUUAUAUGUCGCCGGAGUACGCGAUCGACGGGAAAUUUUCGGUUAAAUCAGAUGUGUUUAGCUUGGGGGUGCUUCUGCUAGAGAUUGUGAGUGGGAAAAGGAACAGGGGCUUUAACCAUCCGGAUCAUUACCACAAUCUCUUGGGACAUGCAUGGCUGCUGUGGAACGAUGAGAAGGCCAUGGAACUAAUGGAUCGUUGUUCGGAAGAUUCAUGUGUUGAAGAACAAGUGGUGAGGUGCAUUCUGGUAGGUCUGCUAUGUGUUCAGAAACACGUAGAGGACAGACCGACGAUGUCGUGCGUGGUUCGGAUGUUGGAUAACGAAGAGAUCGCGACGUCACUGCCUCGACCGAAGGAGCCUGGCUUCUAUGUAGAAAGAAGUUCCGGUGAUACAAAUGCUGUAGGUUUGCACACACAACCUUCAACUGAAAAUGCACUCACCUUGACUCAGGAAGAAGGUAGAUAAAAAAGAUUGAAAGCAAAUUAUUGAAUGAGAAGCCUACUGCUUCGAAGUCAAAUGAUUUGAGAUUGUUUAAGCUUGCAAAUUAUCGAACGUAAAGCCUACUGCU